CUGCAGACGAUGCAUUACAAUUCGUUCAAUUGUAAGCAGAACAUCCUGGAGUACUACACCUGUCACGGUGGAGUCAACCAGCUCGGGGGUGUGUUUGUAAACGGACGCCCGCUACCGGAUCUCGUGAGGCAGCGCAUCGUAGAGCUAGCCCACAAUGGCAUCCGUCCGUGCGACAUCUCGCGCCAGCUGCGUGUCAGCCAUGGUUGUGUAUCGAAGAUUCUGUCCCGAUACUACGAAACGGGUAGCUUCAAGGCGGGCGUCAUCGGGGGCUCGAAGCCAAAGGUGGCUACCCCACCUGUGGUGGACGCCAUCGCCGCCUACAAGCUGCAGAAUCCGACCAUGUUUGCGUGGGAAAUUCGCGACAAACUGCUGGCGGACGGCAUUUGCGUUCACGACAACGUUCCCAGCGUUUCGUCGAUCAACAGAAUUGUUCGCAACAAGGCGGCCGAGAAGGCCAAGUACAGCUCACGCAUGGACACCAGUAUGGACAGUAGCCCAAGAAUCAUAUCCCGUGGCCAGGGUCAAUCACAGCAACAGCAACAACAGCAACAACAGCAGCAACAAUCAGCACAACCAUCGCAAUCCCAAUCGCAGGCUCAGGAGUGUAUGAAUCAACCGUUGUCCGAUUCGGAAAGCUUGAUGAAGACAUCCCACACGUCGGACAACGUUGCAUCGGCCUCGUACAGUAUUAACGGAUUGCUCGGUUUGUCACAAAAAUCGCUCUCCAGUACCGGUACGAAACGACGUAAAAUUAAAGAGGAUCCUGAUUUGAAAACUAAUCUGCUUGGCUGCAUCAAACGUGACAAGGUACUGAAUCCCCACGGAUGGAAUCAAUCGGACACCAAAGAUAUACCGGAAAUGAUGCACGACGGACUAAAGGUUCACGAGCAGGACAAGAACAACGAUCUCUUCACGGGCGGUGUGGACUUUGUCAAUUCGAUGGCGAUAUCAAGCGAGGACAACUCGGAUAAUCAAUCAAGUUUCACCAUUAGAGGAGAGAAACUGCACAAAUAUCACCGACAGGAGGACGCCCUCUCCGUGGGGGUAAUCAUUGAAGACGACACGUCCGGCCGCAAACAACAACAGCAGCAGCAACACCAACAACAUCACCAACAUCCUUCCGAGCUGACAAAGGUCCCGAGCGGGUACGAGAAAAUCAUCACCAGUGAAAUGAUCGCCUCAUCGGCGGCGGCUGCAGCGGCUGCCGCAGCAGCAGUUGGCCUCAAGAGAACGGAGGCCUCGCCGUUGGUCCAGUCGAUCGAAUUCCUCAGCGACAUGAACAACAACAUAUCGCAGAACCAGAGCUUCCCCACGACCAGCUACGAAACCGCCGGCAGCUACAGCACGGGCGAACCGUCCGAGGCGGCCGUCCUGAAUCCGCACAUAGCCUGCUCCUCGAACUAUUCGGCCUUCUUGCAGAACACCGAUCAAUUCGCAGCGAACCCGGAGCUGAUCUUCCCGACGGCAUACACCCAAUACGCACCUGGCUACGGAUCGUUCAACUACAACACAGCAUUUACCAACAAUAAUCUCUGCAGGGAUCUGGGACAAAUACACUACCCCGAGGAACAGUAGGAAGGACCCUCCGGGGGCGAGAACGGGGUCGGGAUCAUUGUUGGAGACUAACAAAUUUUGAAACAUGACAAAUUAUAUAAGUGACAUUACGAAAAAUCAA